ACGACAUCCACAUGCCGAGGCGUCCCACGAACCAAACAGAGCGCUCCCCCACUCCCUCCCUCCCAAUCGCCGCCGCCGUCGCUACGCGCACGACGGCGGACCACCGCUCUAUGCAACAUGCUCUUGCUGCGCGCGCCGUCCCCCACCCGCUAGCUUAAGCUCUCGACGCGGCCCAUCUGAACUAAAGCGCGGGCACCGGAGAUGAGGUCUCCCGACCCGCGGCGGCCGGGCACCCUCCCUGUCUACCACCGGCGGGCGGGCGGCGGCGAGGCCCCGCGCACACGGAGGGGAUCCAUCCGAUCGAAUUCGAAUCCGAAUCCGUCCGAUCCGAGUGAUCUCCUCGAUCGAUACCCGACAUGGUGGCCGCAGCCGUCGCGGCGGGGAGCGCGCUGAAGCUCAUCUUCAGCCUCGUCAUCGCCAUCAAGGCCGCAUCCAACAAGGCCAAGCGGAACAAGGACGACUGCCGGGACAUCGCGUCGCGCGCCUGCUCGCUCGAGGCCUCCCUGACCUCGCUCGACGACGGCGGCGGCGCGGCGGCGAAGCACCCGGCGGUGGCCUCCGCGCUCGACAGGCUCCACGAUGCGCUCUACAGGGCGCUCCAGGCUGUCAUGGAGUGCGAGGAGGACGGCGCCGUCGCACGCCGCUUCAACGCCGGAAAGGUGUCCGACGAGCUUCGUAAGUUGAACCAGAGUAUUGGGGACAGGGUACUGGACGUGAUCCUUGCCACGAGCCUGCACACCAACAGCAUCUUGCUUGGUGCGCGGCAGUCGAAACAUCUUGGGGAUGAAAGACUACUGCUUCCCCCGCUUCCUCAAAUUCAGGAGAGCCGUUUGGCAAACUCUUGCAAGGAAGGGGAGCCUGCUGCCGCAUCAUCAGGUCUCAAAAAGUUCAAUUUGUCUGAAUUGGAGGUCGCUACAAAAAACUUUUCAAAACAGAACUUGAUUGAAGAAAGUGACUCUUGUACCGUAUACAAGGGUGAAUUACGCGAUGGGUCUAAAGUUGCCAUCAAAGCAUAUAGUAAGAUGCAAUACAAGGCUUGCAGAAAAGAAUGUGAAAAUGAGGAGUUUAUCGCGGCAAAGCUGCUGCAUAAAAAUAUUGUGGAACUUGUGGGGUGUUGCUCUUCUGGUGGAUUGUUUUACCAGGUUUAUGAAUACAUGCACAACCGAAGUUUGUCCGAUCACUUGCAUGGCAGUAAGAUAGAGUGGGCAAAGAUCUUCAAUACUAUUAUCCAAGGGAUCGCCCGAGGCAUAGAUUAUCUGCAUGAGCAAUGUGGACUAUGCAUCGUACAUCUUCAUUUAAAGCCGAGCAGCAUACUCUUGGAUCAUGACUAUACUCCCAAGAUUUGUGAUUUUGGCAUCUCCAAGAUCUUACCUACUUCUGCCAAGGAAGGGAUUGUUGAUACCGUAAUAGGCACGUGGGGUUUCACGGCUCCCGAAUACAUGCUAUCUCAUAGGUUCUCAAUCAAGAGUGACGUCUACAGCUUUGGUGUCAUCCUCCUCGAGCUGAUCACUGGAUGGAGCAGACAUCAGGAAGCGAAAAACUGCAAGGACCCUGUAAAUGUGUUGGUUUGGGGGUUGUGGAAAGCGGGAAAGCUGGACGAGUGCGUUGACCCAAGGCUCGCUUGUGCCACUGGCGUAACGGAAUCGCAGGUUGCGGAGAUGAAGAGGUGCAUCCAUGUGGCAUUGCUCUGCAUUGAAGAGGACCCGGCGCUGCGUCCUGACAUGUCUGACGUGCUCCGGAUGCUCAGAGACAACAGCCCUAUCACCGACAGGCGUUCCCCGCGACGCCCGGCUUACACCAUGUGAUCAAGGAUAGAUGAUUGAUCUGCAAAACUAUAGGAGGGUAGUGUAUAGCAGUGUGUCUCUGUUUUGCCCGGUAUUUGUUGAUUCAUCGAGUUGUAAAUCAAAGGCCGGACUGUAUAUAAGCCGGCCUGUGGAAACGGUAGUUUUUUGUACCCGUUUCUGCCCCACUAAUAGGUAGAGCAAUUGUUUUGUUUUUCCACACAAAUAGAUAGAUAAUGCCACAGUUUUGUUUUCCAUAUGAAAUAGUUGUUUGAACAGUAAGGCAAUCUGUCCAGGUCAUUUGCUAUCUCUUUUCAUGAUCAUUGUAUUUUGAUGGUUGUCUUUAUAUCUGUGAACUGAAUCUCUGAUCUA